GCCAUACACUACAAAUUCACAUUGAGGGUUGUAUUCUUCGAUUUAUAAUUCUUAACCGUAUAAACACGGAGCAUUCCUUUUCCUCAAAACUCUUGUAGACAGGUACUUGCGUUAAACGUAGCGACUUUGGAACAAUUCGACAAAGUAGUCUGUACGCAUAAUUCUGCAAAGUUACACGCGAGUUAUUGCUGUUUUUCACGUACCUUGUUUGUCUAUCAUCAUAAAUCAUUGUCAUCCGUCUUUUUUUCUCGCGAAAGAGCUUCGUUUGUGAGGCGAAUUUGAAUUUGUUUGUUAUUUGUUUGAUUGUCUACAGUUCAUUCACUACACGUGUUGUUGAAAGAGUGAUUUUUCCACAGCGUGUCAGUACAUAUUUUCUGGUCUAAAAGUUAUUUCACAGCUACAAAAAGUGAAAAUGGUUGCAAAAGAAACCCGUAGAAGAUCUUCGUCUCUUGUGAGCAAGGUUCCCAAUCCUACAAUUGACGAGCGCCUGGAUCAAGGCUCUGCCACGAAUUACAAUUCGAAUUGGGUGAACUAUAAGGGUGCCUGGAUUAUUCACAUCGUGAUAAUUGCCGCGUUGCGCAUUGUUUUCCACGCUAUCCCCUCGGUGUCCAGAGAGUUGGCUUGGACACUGACAAACUUGACGUACAUGACUGGCUCGUUCAUCAUGUUUCACUGGGUCACGGGAACACCAUUUGAGUUUAAUGCCGGUGCAUACGACAGACUGACUAUGUGGGAGCAACUGGAUGAAGGAAACCAGUACACGCCUGCACGGAAGUAUCUUCUUGUACUGCCUAUUGUUCUCUUCCUCCUCAGCACACACUACACACACUACAACGGCUGGAUGUUCCUUGUAAACAUCUGGGCUCUUUUCAUGGUGCUUAUCCCAAAGCUGCCUGUUGUUCACAGAAAGCGUAUUUUUGGAAUCCAAAAGUUUGACCUGCACAGUGAUGAUGAAGAGGAGUCGCGCGACUCGAAUUAGGCUAUUGGUAAUAACGACCGCUACUCUCUAAUGCGCAGUUUCCUUUCGUCUUACACACAACAAUCUGUAUCGUGUGGGAUUACACAGGCUCUCUGCUUGGAUGAAAUAAUACCUUUUUUUUCAUGAUGACACACCCGUUUACGCUCACACUCCAUUUCGUAAAUACAAAGGCAGGCACACAUACAUAAACCCUACUUGAAUGACAAGCGGUCCCUUUAUACGUAGCCCGCCUAGAUACUGCUGCUGCUGCUGCUAUUAUUACUACUACCACUUCUCACUACAUUUCUGUUAUUUAGGCCCCGCUCGAGGUGGAACUUAAUUAUUAUUUACAAGUACUCGUUCACUCUCAUCUCUUGCAAAUUGCCUUCUUCACUUUUUCGUAACCUUUCAUCACUUUAGUUUCACUGUUCCAUUGUCCUUGUACGACAUGAGUUUAGUAAUGUUGUGCUUUCCGAUAAGUCUUGGGGUUAGUAGUCAGAAACAGUUGGACUUUUGUUAAAUGUUGUACUUUGAAAGUAUCGUGUAUUGUCAUCCUCCUCCUCCCCGAUUACCAAUACUGCUUUCCAGGUUUUCUCUCAUAAUCCCCUUCCCCCUUCUGUGCAUCUCGCAUGCAAUAGUAGUAAUAGUAAUAGUAGUAGUAGUAGUAGGUUUAAGUACUCAGUAGAAAAUAUAUGAAAAAAAUGCUCUUUACAGAUGGAUG